AUGGGGAAGGCGUCGGACAAACAAGAAAUAAAACGGUCGAGCGCGACUCGCGGCAUGCCAGAGCGAUGUAGCGAUAUGACUCCUCCUCUCAAUGCUCUCUACGCUAAUAAGCUGGCGAGCGGCGGUGCCGGCGGUCGUGGACUGUUCUGCUACCACUGCCCGCCAAGCCUGCCGCCGCACCAGCACCGCCUCCCCACCCUGGAGUACCCUUUCACCGCUUCACACCCUUAUACAAGCUAUUCCUAUCAUCCGGCGAUACACGAUGACACGUUCGUCCGUCGGAAGCAAAGGCGAAAUCGCACUACCUUUACGCUGCAACAGGUAAAACUUGAAGAGUUGGAGACAGCCUUCGCACAAACGCAUUAUCCUGACGUGUUUACACGGGAGGAUCUCGCGCUCAAAAUUAACCUCACUGAAGCGAGAGUGCAGGUAUGGUUUCAAAAUCGAAGAGCGAAGUGGCGUAAGGCGGAAAGGUUGAAAGAGGAGCAGCGGAAGAGGGAGGGCGCUGAAGUGAUGGCUAAGAGAGACCCGUCCGAUGACAAGGGUUCAUCAGAGUGUGGCAUGUCUCGAGGGUCUGGUGAGGCCUCGCCCAUGUCCGCAGGAGUAUCACCGCGGGCCUCCCCCCCUGUCACCCCGGGCUCGCCACGGCGUUCACCACAUAGGUCGCCUAAUAGAUCACCUAGACUUGAUAGAUCGGAGCCAUCUCCAGCGCCGUCGGUAGGCAGCGCGGGCUCUCGGGAAGCUCCGGAACCGAGACCGUCGCACCUUUUCUCACCUUUUGAUCACGGGGCGUUUCGCUCGUCGCCGGCCGGCUCAGACCCGCCCGCACCACCGCCCCCGCUGUUCUUGCCCCCGCAUCUGUCGCACCUCUCGCAGCAUCUCAACCACUUGUCACAACCUUUCUUUCCUCUUAAAGGCUGGGGUUGUCCAUGUUGCCCAAAAGAGGAAGCUCGGUCUUCCAGCGUAGCGGAGCUCCGUCGCAAAGCACACGAGCAUUCCGCAGCACUCUUACAGUCCCUCGCAAACUUCCAAUCGAGGGCGUUCCUGCCUCUGCCUCUCCCGCCCUUGCCGCUGCCACUCUUGCACGACCCGCCGUCUGCCCCGCCGGAGCCACCCAAGCAUUUAGAU